GACUCUUUCAGGUUCAGGGCAUGCAACAUAGACGAAACUUCUAAAUCAGCUGAUAUUCACGAAAGAGUAGAGCGUUGUUGACGGGUGUUUGAAUUUCCAUUUUUUCGAACGAGAAACUGUCACCUGCAAUCUUAAAUUUUUAACAAAGAUAUUGAAGUAAAUGACCGAGAUAGAUACACCGCCAUCCUCACCAGACAUGAAUGGUCAAAUGGACGAAGAUGAUAUGAUAUACGUGGGUGAUGUUGUUGAAGUGAUUGAGGCUUUUGAAGCUGGAGAUGUUGGAGAUGAAGACGCAAUGGGGGAUGAACCCGUAGAGCAGGGAGACGCAUCUUGCAUGUUCACCGGCCACAAGCGAGGUUCCGUUUUCUGUGGCUAUUUAUCAAAAAAUGGGAAACUAGCAGCCACAGGGGGGGAGGAGGAUAAAGCUUACAUUUGGGAUACAUCGUCCGGAGAGAUUAUUCUUGACUGUACCGGACACAAAGAUAGCAUUAUCUUUUCAGAGUUUAACUUCGACGAAACCUAUCUUGCCACAGGAGAUAUGAGCGGUUUCAUUCAAGUUUGGACAGUAGCCGAUAAGACCAAGAUUUGGGAGUAUAAUAUAGGGGAUGCGACAUGGAUGAAAUGGCAUACUGCUGCGAAUGUGUUGCUAGCAGGGUCCGUUGAUGGAGAAAUAUACAUGUGGAAAUUACCCAAUGGAGACUGCAAGGUGUUUCAGGGAUAUGGUUGCCGGGCAGAGACUGGAGCAAUUUUUCCAGAUGGCAGACGUAUCGCCGUUGGUUACGAAGAUGGGAUAAUUAGGAUAAUAGAUUUGAGAACUAGUUCCAUCUUGUCGUCAAUUUCUUCCUCCUUAGGUCAUUCCUCCACUAUCGUCACCCUUGAUUGUCAUAUCGAUAAUAAUCUAGUCCUUUCGGCUGCUACAGACGGAAAAACUAUAAUCAGUACCUCGAAUACGGGCAAGAUAAUUUCCAUUCUGCAAGAACUGAAUGCCGGCGAAAAAAAUAUCGACCAAGAUGCUGAAAAUAGCGAAGGCAAUAGCGAUAGCAACUGGGUAGAGACUGCAGCUUUUUGCAAGGAUCCGGCGUUUCCAGUUGCUGCAACUGGUACAGUUAAUGGAGAAAUUUUUAUCUGGGAUAUCUCGAAACAGGUACUCAGGCAAAAAAUUGAGCAAGAAAGCGGCAUAUCAAAACUGGUGUGGAAGGGAAAUACACCUAUCCUAUUCUCGGCAGGAUUAGACGGUAUUCUUAGAUGUUUCGACGCAAGAACUGGUCUAUGUGUACAAUCAUUCCUGGGACACACCGCAGAUAUCCUCGAUUUGUGUAUAUCUGAGAAUGGAGAAAAGGCAUUAACAACGUCCGACGAUUCCACAGCCAGAAUUUUUGAUAUUUCAUCUCUAUCAUAACGUAAUCUAUUACAUAGAGAAAAAUAUAAAAUCUUUGUUAUUAUCUAAAAUCUAUGUACAUUUUAUGAAAGUUGUUCAUAUAUAUAUUGUACUUUGUUUCCUUUUUUAAUUAAAAAUAAAGUUUAUUUAUUUUUAGCUCAUA